CUCUACGGUGCAUCACCAGAAAAAACUGUCCACGUCUCCCCCUCCAUUUCUCUCUCCUGCCUCGCGAUGGCUCGAAUCCUCUCGCAAACUCUUAUCCGGCAAUCCCGAACCCUAAUCCACGAUCCGGCCCGAGCGCGCCUUCUUGCGCCGCCGGCGGCCCGCCUCGAGGGCCGCCGCGGCCGGGCGAGCCGGCGGGAGGAGGUCCAGCUCGUGGAGGUGGACCUGGAGACGGAGGCGGCCGGGCCGGAUGUGGAGGUACUUGGGAUGCGCCGCGUCGAGGACGCCAUCCACGGGAUUAUUGUUCGCAGAUCCGCCCCCGACUGGCUCCCCUUCAUCCCGGGUUCCUCCUACUGGGUCCCGCCGCGGAAACGGCCGUACGGCGUCGUGGAGAUUAUCGGCAGACUUGCCAACCCCAUGACGGAGGAGGAAACCCUGUCCCUCACCAGCGCCCGUGGCUGGCCCUCGUCCGCCUAUUUCGUGGAAGGUGUAUCUCCACCUGCUGUGAAGAAGAGCCCAGAGAAGGACGCUGCACAGACUGAUGAUGAAGAAACCUGACUGGUAUCUGAGCGACUGAAGCAGGGCUAUGCUACGAUGUGGAUAUUGGAUAGGGGUAAGCCCUCCAGAACAUCAAUGCAAGUUGUACAUAAUGGGAGGGGAAGCUGCCGCUGCACGGAAUGCCCAUGAAUACCACAACUCCACUUUGUUGCCUCAUAAAGAUCAGUGAUGUAAUUGAACCAUUUUAACGUUUUCUGAAUGUAAUGGCAUAAAUUAUCUGAUUUUUUCUGUAUUUGUCUUGGUGAUAUUAAUUGAGGUUGGCAUGUGAGAGGCAGGCAGGUGUUGCAUUCA